UACACACAUGUUACACGGUGCAUACUAAUAAACUUCAGCCUGAACGGGAAAAACGAGAUGAACGAAACAUAGAAAUGUCAUUUCAUCUCUUUCACACGUUGAGUCUCCUCCACUCAACACGUUGACAUCUUUUCCUUUUGCCUUUGCGCAGUUGAAGGACAUUACGCAUUGCAUGGCACCUCCAAAAUGAUGUUUAUUAACGACAUUACGGACAUCUUUUAAUCAGUUUAUUUCGUUUGGAGCUUGAAAUGAAAGGAUCGUGCGUCGUCAGGUCUAACAUCGACGUUUGUAAGGACUUUAAGGGGGCGAAUGGAUCAUAAGUGGACUAGGAGGUAAAAGGGAAAGGACGAAAAGAUGACUGGCUUUUAAAUGCGCAAUUAUAUGUCACAGAAAAACACACAGGUCUGAGACGUGCAUCUUUUUUUAUUUGCCAAAUGUGCGUUAUGAGUAAUCUCUCGUAUUGAAAUGUCCAUUUUAUUGUCAUAAACGAACGGGCGCGCGUGUCUGUGCGUAUCCAUAGCCUGUAGACUAGAUCUGUGUUACUGCGCCAGGAUGGAGAUGACGCAAAUGACCCAGCUCCCCAAAAAGUGUUUCAAGACAAACAUGGCGGCAACUUAACACAGGACCUAAGACGAUGAUGAUGAUGAUGAUGAGUCUCGCUCAGAACAGAGAAGAUCGAAGGCAAUCCGCCCAGAAACGGAAAGAGCAGCUCGUUCAGGAUCUCGCCUUCCCUUAAGGAGACGCAGGGACACAGGCAGGUUUGGGAACAGCAGCUGCUGCUCUCCGAGGGUCUAUGGGGAGAGGAGGCAAGAGAGGAGGCAUGUUGUCACACAGAAGUCGCUUUUUCUCCGGGGAGCUACGCGGAAUAACGGCGAUAUGACCGCGCGUGGCUUCAUCUAGCCGAUCGACUCGGAUACAGCCGCUGUUUAAACGGGAAAAUUUGACAUUUCAAGUCAAUGCAUUUUGUGGCAGAGGAGCCGUCGCGGUGGAGUCGGCCAGUGCUGCUCUUUGCUGAAAUAUGACCAGGGGUGUUUGGACGUGUCGGCAGCAAGAUGACGGCUUAAAAAUCUGGUUUGCACCCCGGGAGGACGAAAAGCCAUUAUUCACCGAUUCAGAAAGGGCCCAGAGAUGGCGACUGUCCUUAGCCUCUCUUUUGUUUAUCACCGUUUUGCUCUCUGAUCAUCUGUGGUUCUGCGCCGAGGCGAAAUUGACGAGGACUCGAGACAAGUUCGCCGUCAUGGACGCGGUGGAGCACACGAACCAUAUACAUUCACCCAGCCAUCAGCCCGUCACAGAGCAGAGUCUUAUUUUUAUAGGCAAUUCUACCAAACCUCUGUUGAGACUUGAAACUUGUCAUCCCGACAGCCUCUCCAAAAACUGCUUGACUUUCGCCGACGCGCACGACGUGUGCUCGGGCCUUUCCGAGUGGAACCUGAGCGAUUUCUAUCUUUCUUUUUGUAAUUCCUACUCUCUUUUGGAUUUGUUUUACGGGUUUACGAGUCCGGACAAUUUGACCUGUAGCUUGGACGUGGCUGCUGGCGGUAACAUAUCGGGAUGCAGCCGAUGCGUUCAGGCUUACCAACUCUACGACCGACGAGCUCAGGAGACAUAUCGAGAGUUUGAGAUUAUGGUUCAGAAAUAUGAAACGGAUGUAUAUUCGGUGCGGACAUGCAUGGAAGAGUGCACGACUGUCUACAAACAGUGGAUCUGUGCCCAGUUCUUCCACAUCACACAGAUGCACUGCAGCAACAGGAUCCCCUGCAGGAAGUACUGCCUGGAGGUCCAGCAGAGGUGUCCAUUCAUAUUGCCUGACAAUGAUGAGCUCAUCUACGGAGGAAGCCCCAGUUUUAUAUGCACAGGGCUCCAAGAGGACAACCCUUCAGACGCAGAGACAGAAUGCUGCGACGUUCGAUGGGACAGCAGGACGGACAACAGCUCCAAAGGCACUCUCAAAAGAACUCACCCGUCGUGUCAGCACGGGACAUCCCUGACAUCGUCAGCAGCCUCUAGACUGUGCAACAGCAGACUCAAAUUCUGCCUGCUGGUCCUCGUCCUACUUCAUACUGUUGCCACUCUCACAGCAUCCCACAGUCCCACCGGAUUCAACCUCACCUCCUCCAACUCCUCCAACGAGGAAUGAUGGGAGCAGCCACUCGGUUACAGUGUCGAACCCGAUCGCGUGACGGACCGUGGGUAACUGCUGUAAUGCUUUUUGGGACCUCUAGUACAGUUCAGGUGGAGACUGUGGACGUGCAAUCAACCAAGCAAACAAAACGAACUGAGAAAAGCUGAACCGAACUCUGGACAAAUUUAAUCAAGCAACAAGAACAAGGGACAACACCGUAGCCUUUGUCGAAAGAGGGCGGAGUUCUCUCGCACCAUGUUUUUUUACACUGUGUCUAUGAUUUAGAUUUCUGACUGCAGAAUCUAAUUCAUGUUUUUUUCCUUUCUUUUCAUUCGGGUCUUUGUGCAGGAAGGAUCGGCAUAGUCAGAUGAGUUAAAUGUACAGUAUCAAAGUGAAUAUUCAAGAGCGAGUGUCUAUGUGGGUGACUGGCUGAGCGCGUGUGCAUGUGUGCCUGUGCUUGCAUUCGUGUGUCCACUUAGAUGUUCUUCUUUCUAUUUGUAAUCACAAACUCUCUGAAUGCUGCUCUAUCCAUUAUGAGGGUUUCUGUAGAGCCUCUAUAGCAGUUUAUAUAUGUUUGAAUUUCUGACAAAAAUCUGCUUAGGUAAAUACCCAAAAACUCCCACUAAGAUCCUAUGCCGAUGUUUUUGUUGCUGAUGUAAUGUCACUUCCUGGUAGGCCAGGUCACGGUAGCUUUGGGGGUCUGGGUAUGUUUAAAACAUUUUGCUCAAGUGCUUAAAACUAAAAAGGUCCUUAAAAUAUUGUAUCCAGACUUGGAAAUCCUUUUUGUGUUUGUCCUGGCAAAAGAGCAACAAAAAGCCCCCAAAUCAGUUUUUCUGCCCUUAGUAGUAGGCAUAUCUAUUUUAUUAUGACGAUAUAUUCUCUACCCUAUACAGUAUAAUUGCAUGUUUAUAACCACACUUGUUUUGACUACACUGCUAAAUUUCAAAGGAAUAAAUCCAAAUCUGGUAGCCAGGUAUUCUUAGCGCAUGGGAAUUCGAAUCCGAAUUGUUAUUUUGCAGCACGUACCCAGCCAGUCAGAGCUUAUAAAACGAAACACCCCAAACACAGAGAGGAUCCAUCGUACAGUUUAUUUUAAAAACUACGUUCCUUACUACAGUAAAGGGCUUACCCAUCAUGUGUACACCAUACACAUUCAGACAUUCCUGCAACAUUUGCAUGUAGAGAUUCAUGAGGCUUAAGCAACUCAGUGGAAACUAUAUUCAUUUGUUAUAAACCUUAAGAUAUUUAAACGAACAUUGUUUAUGAGAAAGUAAGGCAUCAUUAAGGGCUUUUAUAUUUUUAUUUGUUUUCUACAGGUAUUACUAUCUAAUGAGGAUGUGUCGCUGUGACACACACACACACACACACAUAGAC